ACAUAGACAUCAUGGAAAAUAUAGACAACGUAAGAUUAUUCGUGCAGAACCUAGAUGCAUCAAUAACAAACCUCGAAGAAUCACUUGUGCCUCUUCUCAAGAAAUCACUUGCUGAACUCACAUCUACUCCUGGCCAAAGUCACACAGACAAGAUCAAAAUAUAUAAUAACUACGCAUAUGUCUUGGUAUCAACUAUAUAUUCAUACUUAAAGAGUAUCGGUAUCGAUACCGAUUCCCACCCCAUUAAGCAAGAAUUAACCCGUGUGAAAAGUUAUAUGAAUAGACUUAAACUGUUAGAACUGGGAGAAAUAAGUGAAGAGAAACAAAAACAAGCUGCGGAAGAACAGGCCAAACUGUUCUUGGCCAGAACCUUAGGAGUGAAGAGUGUUGGUGGUGCUAUUGAUUCUAAAACUGCUGGUCCUGCUAUUAGUUUCCAAGGUACGCAUACAAAAUUUGAAGAUAAGGAAGAACCAAAAGAAGAGACUAUAAAAAAGGUAACAAAAGAAGUAAAACCCAAACCAAAGAACAAGUCCACAAUUAAAUCUGCAACUAAAUCCACAAGCAAACCUACAAAGACCAAGUCAGGUAAGGUAACCAAACCAAAGACAAAAUCUAAGAAAAAUGUAUAAUUAUAUUAUAUAAACUGUAAACUCAAGAAUUGAAAUCAAACAUGCAUCUUAAGCGUAAUAUUCUGUAAACACAUGUUCAUGUUUUAAAUUUUCUUCAAUAACAUAAUAGAUUUCCAUCAACAUAUGAGGAAACUUAUCAUUGAAAUAUUUAUAAAACCCAUCUGGCAAUGGGCUCAUUUUCAGUUGUAGACUCUCGGGCAUAUCAUUGAAGUGAUGAUACUUGUUUCUGAUAGCCCUAAGUAAGUCCAUCAAUUUAUCUUUGUUAUAUUUUCUAUACUUCCCCAAAUUAUCCAUGAACUCGGUAUCAAAUCGCUUAUGCCAAUCACCAUUGUGUACUUUUCUUGCUUUUUCUUCUAAUUUCAACAAUAAUUCACUAGGUGGGUCACGUCUCUCAACUUCAAAUCUAUCACUUACUUUCAACAAGAAUUCAAGACGUUUCCCACUAGACCAGAAUAGAGGAUGUUUAAGGAUCUUUGAUGUGUUUGGUC